AUGGCUGGGGAGGACAGCGGCAUCGCAAGGGAUCAUGCGGUGACAGGCCCGAACUCCUAUGUCAUAUUGGUGUUUGCCUGCAUCGCCAUCUACAAUGUCAUCGAGCUCACCUUCGUCAUCUGGGGUUCCUUCAAGAGGCACUCCGGAAUGUACUUUUGGACCUUUAUAGUGUCCACCUACGGCAUUUUGUUCUACUCGGUCGGGUUCAUCUUGAAGUCGUUCAUGCCAGAGAAAGUCGUCUACGUCUAUGUCACAUUCAUCGGUGCCGGGUGGGUGGCCAUGGUCACGGGUCAAUCACUAGUGCUAUGGUCUCGGCUGCACUUGAUUGUGCGGUCCAACUUCCGACUCAAGAUGGUUCUCGGGAUGAUCAUCGUGGACGCUAUCAUUUUGCAUGUCCCCAUUCUCGUGAUGCUGUACGGCGCCAACGGACCUGAUCCUGAUAAAUGGGUGGGACCAUAUGGAAUCUAUGAGAAGGUCCAGGUGACUGUCUUCUUCAUCCAAGAACUAAUCCUCUCGGCCUUUUACAUCGUCGAAACCGUGCGACUCAGCCGACUACAGGUCGUGAUGAGAAACAAGAAGCGAUCGCGGAACCUCAUGUACCACCUCAUCGUCGUGAACGUGGUCAUCAUCCUCCUCGACAUCACAAUUCUCGGUCUCGAAUACAGCAACAUGUAUGACAUCCAGACAUCGUACAAGGCCCUUGUGUACAGUGUCAAGCUGAAGAUGGAGUUCAACAUCCUCAACAAGCUGGUGGAAAUGACCACCGGAAACAGGGACCACAGCAGCUCUGGAGACCAGAACAAAUCCUCGGCGUAUGGAGGGAGAACUGCCAUAACGAACGCGGGUAUCGAGUUAGAGACGACCAAGAACGGUGGCGUCUCCCGAAACCCCAAUGUCUCAUAUUCGGCGUAUGCCCACAAGGGUAAUGAGGAGGCCGAUACUAGCGGGAGGUCAGCCGAGGGCUCUGCCAGCAAUGGGGUGAUAAUGACAACAACAGAGAUCGUCGUCAAGAGCGAGCAGCGAGAAUCGGACUCGGAAGUUGAGAGCUUCCAGGAGGCCGCGGUAACGGGCGGGGCAAGGCAUCGAGUGACGAGGGAGGACAGGGCCGAUCUGCCAAAAUCAUCAUCCGAGAUUCAUCUAGCGUCUCGGGGAGCCUAA